UUUCAGCCACAAUAAAUGCCCAGACCCAAGGAGUGUAUCUCCUGUAUGUAUCCAGCAUCUUGUGCCAACUGUCUCCUUCCAGAAUAUCACCCAGGAUUCCAGGCGAGAGUGUCGAUUACGGCAAAUUCCAAGGAAAACCUCACUAUGAGCUGCGCAGACCAUAAGGACUACCACGAUGAGGAGCUUGAUCCCUGUUGUCUCUUUGACACGUACGUCGGGGCUGAUAAGUCCAUUUCUAAGAAGGAGCUGUUGGAAGAUCCCCUGAGAUUUCUCUAUAAAUUAUUCUCAUCAGGUUCUGUCAAAGGAGAAACGUUGAUUAAUAUUUCAAUUGGCGCCUCAUUGUUCGAAAACUUUGUUGCCAUUGAUUUCUUCAAAGAUAUUAUUGUGCUGGAAUCUUCAGACUGCUGUAUGAAAGCCUUGGAGAGCUGGUUGAGAAACGAGCCCGGAGCUGUAGAACAAUCCCACGUCGUAGAGUUUGUUUGCUCACUUAAAGGGCAAAGUACGGAGUGCAAGAAGCAAGAAGAAAAAACCAGAAGGGCGAUCAAACGAGUAGUAAAAUGGGACAUCACCAAUGAGAACCCAUUGGGUGAAGUUGUGUUGCCCCAAGCAGAUUGUAUAGUCACUACUUAUUACUUGGAGCUAGUUAGCAAAGAUCACGAUAUGUAUAUAAACCUUCUAAAAAAAUUGUUAUCCCUUGUCAAGAUUGGAGGUCACCUGGUCAUGGUGGCAUUGAUCAACAUCUCUUAUUACAUGGUCGGCCAACACAAGUUUGCUGCACUGAAGUACAACGAAGAUUUUAUACAAAAGGCUCUGAUGGAAGCCGGGUGCAGUAUCCUGAGCUCUGAUACUCACAAGAGUAAAUUUGAAUCACCUUUGUGCGAUUAUGAAUCAAUUGCCCAUUUUGUGUGCCGUAAAGACAGGGCGGUUUAACUGGUCAGAUUCGUACCCAGUUGCCAUUAUAUUCUCUCAUUAAUCUUGAAUUAGAUUAGCUUUAUUAUAUCUGCUCUUAGAUUUGUGUCCCUAAUGCAUAAAAUAUUCCCAAUUUAUGUGAUUUUAUAAGGCUGCCAUCAUCGUCAUCAUCAAUAGUGAAAAAUAAAAAUGAUUGGUCUUGAAAACAA